AAUGGCUGAAGAAGAAAAGAAUUUAGAGCCUCCUUAGAAUGCUCCAGAUUAAGAACUAUUAAAACCAGACUUAGAUAAUAAUUAAUAGUAUGAUCAAGAUGGACAAUAGCAAACAUAAAAAUUCAGUGAAAUAAAUCCAAUGAGUAGUGUGUUGAAUUAAGGUUAUCAAGAAGAAGAUCCUAGGAUGAUGAGAAGAGAUAUAAUAAAAAAGAAAAAGAAAAGAUAGAAGGAAUAAAGAUUAAUAUCAGCAAGAAGACUAAAAAGAUUAUUGCGUAAGAAACCUGUAGAUAAAUUGAGAUUAGCAUAUUAAGCUUAUUUUUUUAUAGUAAGUGUUGCUGUAUUGGCAUUAAGUAUUUUAUCGUAUAGAGAUCAGACAGUUUACGAGGGAGAUUAUUAAUAAUUUUUAGAUAAUAUGGGAUCAUAUGUAAUAGAUGAUAUUUAAUUUACUUAUACAAAUAAAAACUGUAAGAGUUAAUUUGGAAGUGAAGUAAAAUGAUAAUAUUAAAAAAAUUAGUAUUCUUCAUUAUAUGAGUAUUAUUGGCCUGGAACUUUGAUUGGAUGUGAUUGUAGUAAAGGAUUUAACUUUACUUUGUUAUAGGAUAAAAAUAUAAAUAAUAUAGAGGGAUUCUUUAAACAAUCAUUUAUGUUGGAUAGAAUUUGUAGUUAAGAAAUGUUGGCAAGAGGUUGUAAGACUGUGGAUGAAUAAUAACCAAAAGUAUUUAAUUCUUGGAAUGAUGGUUCUUAUGGGAGACGUAAAUUAAAUAUAAUAAUUAUUUUAGCAUUUGUUUUAUGUGCUAGAAGAUAGACUGGAAUAAGUUUAUAAACAAAUUAGAGUUAUUGUGAGUCUGAAUAAAAAAAUAUAUGUGGUAUUGGAGAUAAUAAAUUUUGUGUUCCAUCUGAUAUGAGUUGUCCUGUCUCUGAGAUUGGAUUUAGUACAAAUUCUAAUCAUUAUAACUUAUCAAAAUUAAACAACACUAAUAUUGGAAAUAUUUUUGAUUUAGGAAAAGGUUUUUAUUUUUAUUAUAUAAAAAACACAUCUACACUACCACUUAUUGAAUUUAGAGUUACUGAAGGUACCAAAAUUUGUAGAAGGAAUUUAGAAUAAAAUAUCUCUCCAAAUAGAAUUGAUUAUCCUCUUAUGACAGAUAGAAGAGAAUAAUGUGAAAAUACAGAUCCUUUAUUUAAAUUAGUUCAUUCUAUAGAUGAAGAAUAAUUUUAUUUAUCCAAUAAUGUCAUUUAUCUAUCAGAAAAACUACCAUAUUUUAAUAUUAACACUACAUACAAUUGGUCUAUGCAUUCUAAAACUUAUAUUCCAUGGGCUCCUAAUUGUAGAGGAUAAUUAUUUGAUGAUGUUAUCCAUGAAGGAAGCACAUUAUUUUUUGUAUAUGUAUCAUUAAGAGUUUAAUUGGGAGUAACAAUAACUUAUUUUAUUGUUAUUGGUCUUAUAUUUAAUAUUGUUGGAACUAUGACUGCUUGUAAUUUUGCUUGGUCUUGCAUGGCAAGUAAUAUAUAUUAAAUAUUAUUUAUUAGCUCGUCCGGAAUCUUAAUAUAAUUAUAUAUUCUUAAUUGAAAUUGGAUUUAAAAUUACUUUAUAAAUAGCUGAAAUCAUUGUCAUUUGUGUAUCCUUUGCUAUUAUUGAUACAAAAAGACUUGUUAUUAAAGAUGUUAAUGAUAAUAAAUGUAUUUCUGAUCCUGUUAGUGAAUUCUUUUUUACAAAUCUAGAAACAGAUCUAACCAAUUUUGCUUGGUCAUACAAUCUUGCUAAUUUAGUCAUCUUUGCAGUAACUUUAGUUUUAGAUUUAAUUAUUAUUAAACAUUCUUUGAAUUAAGGUCAUCAUCAUGGAGCAAAAAAGCAUCAUGAGUAAAAAGAACAUUAAGAAUUAGAUAUGGGAUCGCAUGCUGAAUCUUGCAAUUAGUAAGAGGUUAAAAGUGAUCUAAAAUUAUAAGUUAAAAGUGAUAUAUUAUAGUCUCCCUAAUGA